CAAUCUCAGUCUUUUUGUUUCUGCUUCCCGCCAAGACACUAGAAGCGACCAUGUUCCACCGCGCAGUCGCUCGCGCGCCACCCGCGACUCUGCUCCUCCGAACGCUGACGCUGGCUGCUGUGCGAUCAUCGUCAUCAUCGUCAUCGUCGUAUCAGCACUUGCAAUGCUCAGUCCGCUCCACAGUGGCGACGACCGCAGCUGGACGCGAGCCUCGUGCGAACUUGCACAUGUCCGCGAGCAGCCGCUUGGCGAUGGCGACCAACGCAUCAGCCGCCGCCACUCGCAAUCCCAAUGCAACUGCACAGACGAGCUCAUCUCAGGCGUCGGCCGGCGGUGGUGGUGCUGCUGCCCGCGGCGGUGCUGCCGGUGGUGGCAAGUCCAGCGCUCAGACUGCUCAGACUGCUCAGAAUAGUCAACUUGCAGACUCGCUCCCGCGAACCAGAAAUAUGGGCAUCAUUGCGCAUAUUGACGCUGGCAAGACGACGACCACCGAGCGCAUGCUGUUCUAUGCUGGCGUUACUCAAGCACUCGGAGAUGUCGACGACGGCAACACAGUCACGGAUUAUAUGAAACAAGAGCGCGAGCGAGGCAUUACCAUCAAAGCGGCUGCCAUCACCUUCCACUGGCAGGAUCACCGAAUCAACCUCAUUGACACGCCCGGCCACGUUGAUUUCACCGUCGAGGUGGAGCGAUCCCUUCGUGUAUUGGAUGGAGCGGUAGCCGUGUUUGACGCGGUUGCGGGCGUACAGGCGCAAAGUCUGACAGUGUGGCGACAGGCAAACCGGUACUCUGUUCCGCGAAUUGCCUUUAUCAACAAGAUGGAUCGUGAAGGAGCAAACUUUGCGAAAGCGAUCGAAAGCAUGGAACGGAAAUUGGGCGCCGUCACCCUGCCCAUCCAGCACCCGCUUGGUCAAUCGGGAAACUUUCGAGGGAUUGUCGAUUUGGUCGAGCUCGAGGCCGCGGAAUGGAAGGGCGAUGAUGGCAGCACGCCAACGUACACACGGUUGGCACCAGCGACGCUCGAGCAAGCCCGCAAGCGGUUGUCAAAUGCCGACAUUCUGGAAGUGCUACACGCGCGCCAACGGCUUGUCGAAAAGCUGGCCGACGUGGACGAUCGCAUCGCCGAGCUCAUGCUCUCGGAACCCGAUGACGCCGAAACCUCGUCGAGCGAGAUUCGUGAGCUCCAAGCAACGCUGGGGCUCGAGUCCAGUGAAGGGAACUUUGCCAUUUCUGGAGCAGAGCUGCGCGCGGCCCUGCGCCGAGUGACCAUCGCCAACCGUGGCGUUCCAGUUCUCUGCGGCUCGUCCUACAAGAACAAGGGCGUGCAGCCACUUCUCGAGGCCGUGUGCGACUACCUUCCCUCACCACUCGACCGCCCACCCAUCGAGGCGGUUGCGGUAGACACGCAACAACUGCAAUUAGUCAAGGCAGAUCCUACAGGACCACUCUGUGCGCUCGCUUUCAAAAUUAUUCACGAUCGGCAGCGCGGUCCCUUGACACUCUUCCGCGUCUACUCGGGCGUGUUUGACAAGAAUGUUCCUGUUUACAAUGCAACCCGCAAAACGCGCGAACGUAUCAACAAAAUCUAUCAAGUCAUGGCGAACGAGUACCGGGAGGUAAACACGGUGGCAGCGGGCAACAUUGGCAUUGGCGUGGGCUUCAAGGAAACGGUGACUGGCGACACGAUUGUUGCAGCAUUUGGCGGUGCUCCCAAGCUGCACCUCAAAGGAUUGACCAUCCCCACACCCGUCUUCUUCUGCCGAGUGGAACCAGCGACCUCCGCCGAUCAACCGGCGCUCGACCACGCUCUCGCAUGCUUGCAGCGCGAGGAUCCUAGUUUCCGAUCCUUCUUUGACGGCGAUUCCGGCCAGCAGGUGAUGAGUGGCAUGGGCGAGCUUCACCUCGACAUUAUUCGCGACCGCAUUCAACGCGAGUACAAUGUGGCCGUGUCUGUUGGCCCCGUCCAGGUGUCCUACCGCGAGUCUAUCGGCAGCGCCACGACAAGGCAGUUUUCGUUCGACCGUGUGAUUGGAAACCGUCGAUGCCUUGCUUCCAUCAAGCUGGAGCUUCUCCCCGCUCCCGCCAUCGGCCAACCCAAGUUGUCUGUCGACAAGGUGCCCGAUCACUUGCUUCCAUCGAGUUCCAGCACUGCGAGUGUUUCUGCGAAAGAGUUUGCCGGUUCCCGGGCGCUGUCCGCUUCCUCUGCGAAUACUCAAAGCUCCACCACCAGUCCCGAUGCAGCGUCGGCAACAUCCUCCUCCUCCUCCUCCUCCUCCUCCUCCUCUUCCACGGCAAACCUUUCGUCGACGGACGCCGAGGUCGUAACGCUCGCUUCGCUUGCUGAUGAACUGCAGCACUUGGUCGUCCCGCCUUCGGCCAACCUCAGCAUGACCGAGCUGCUCAACGCUCUCCGAACCGGCGCCGAUUUGGUGUUUGGUCGCGGCACAUUGCUGGGCUUCCCAUUCACCGACAUGCAUGCCCGCGUUCUCGCCGUCGAGGUCAACACGGAUUGCUCGAGCAGCGCGCUCACCACCUUCUUUUGCGAGGCGCUCACCAGCUGCAUUGAAAAGUCCGACCCGUUCCUGCUCGAGCCCUUGAUGCAAGUUCAAGUGACGGUCGAUGGCUCGCAUAUGGGCAGUGUCAUGUCCGACCUCACCGGGACACGUCGCGCCAUCAUUUCCGGUGUGGAAGUGUCGGAUGUCGACAGCACGAACGUCAUUGUCGCACAAGUGCCCUUGGCGUGCAUGGUCGGCUACUCGACCAGCCUGCGCACUCAGACGGCGGGCACUGGCGCCUUCUCUAUGGAGUUUUCUCAGUACGGUCGGCUGCAAGGCGACGAGUUUAUCAAGGUGAUGCGCCAAUUCCGCGGCGAGUUUUACGGCCGCGAGCAAGAGCAGUGAGCUCAUGUGUGCUGAUUGCGUGUGUAUUCUGUCGUAAUUUGUAAUUGAUCGAGCUUUUCAUCCACA